GAAAAUUGUUGCUCACAACCCCUUUCGAACGAACCCCCAUAUCAAACCUGAUCCUUUUCACAUUACACACAUACACGCAAUCUCAGAUUCUCUUCUGAAACCUUCCCUACCUGCCGACAUAUCCAAAAUUUCCCUCGAGCUCAUUAGCACUUCGCGUCCGAUCUUUCUCCAGCGCGAAUCGUUUGGUUUUGGACCCUGAAUUUGCAUCUACACUGCUUCCAACUCAUUGUCAAUCAUGCCUUCACAUAUGCCAUCUAGCUUCGCAUCCGCGGCAGCAGGUCAAAGUUCGAGUCGCGACCGAAAUGGCAGGGGCGAUGGCCGAGGGAGCGGGGACUGGGCUAGGAGAGAAAAUCGACCAACGAAUGGAAUAGCCACUUUCCGUCGUCCGUCUAGCACCCCGUUUGCGCAGUCUACUUCCCAAGCAGAGCCUCCGCUUCCAACCCCAACUACAGAGACUCCAAUCUCGCACCAGCCAAGCACGACUCUCGAACAGCCUACAGACAGUUGCCGCUACUCGAGAAACUUCCUCCUUGACAUCUUUCAGCAGCAGAAGGAGUCAGGCGCGCUCAAAGACGACAUUUCGCACCUGUACGCUGAGUCUUGGAAUCCAGAACAAUCAAGUGCAGCAAAUGGCCGUGGAUGGGGUCGAAGUACUGACGGCAGGGACAACCAUGGACCUGAAGUUUGCUGGAACAAGAAUGCAGACACAGAGCCUAUGGCAAUGCAGGAAAUGACUGAAGAAGAGAGAAUUUUAUUCUCUAGCGAUGUCAACUCUCCUCUCAAGCCUCCACCCCAGAACAACAAGGAUGGUGGCGCUCAGGGACUAGGCGUCAAUGGAAGAAAAACCUCGAUCUCGCAAGGCUCUAGUGCUUUUGGUCUCUCGUCACCUGCCUCUGCCAGCAGGCCUUCUACACGUCGACAACAAACCAGUGAUUCAAUCUCAGGUAUGCAGUCACCUUCUGGAACUGGUCGAUUUUCGAGGGAUGAAAUGUCUCCUUUCUUUGCACGAAAGGCCAAUGAGCCGAAGGAUGAGCUGGAUGAACGUUCCGAUGAAGGCAAGCCUAGCAUGCUACCGUUUGGAGGAUUGUCUCGAGCAAAUACUGCCGGAAGUGUUCUGGGAAAUGGGCCAGCGUCUCCUUGGGGUGCACCUUCUGCAACGUCAAUGGGCAAUUUUGGCAAUUUCUCCCUCGGAAACUCUGCUAAUCCACCGACUCCUAUUGACAAGCGUCCGGUCUUUGGUAGAGGCGAGAGCCGCUUGGCACAUCUCAUGCCCAAGGCCAGCACCGAGGAUAUGUCGAAACCGGCAGAGCGAUCUUGGAGGUCUAGCGGUCGGCAGCGACCCGAUACAGCUGACACGGAUCCGUUCGCUGGAGAGGCUCCAAGUGGAAGUGCUGCUCUUGGUGGAGGUCAAGACUCUAGCCCACCUCCCCACACCCAACCAAGGGUACCUGGCGGCAUGGAUACUCCGAUCAGGGGCACGUCUGGCGAGUUCGGAAUGGCUGAUGUUCUCGGUUUCCGCGAACGAGGACAGGCUCAACAAACUCCUCAAGGUCAUCAUGAGGAGCAAGACCAGAUGAGCCCGUCUGUCACGAAUCCUUACCGUUCCCCACCCGAUGACAGACACGACGAUGACUCAAGUUAUGAUGAUCACCCCCUGCAUCAUGACCGCCAAGGACUGGGUGGAAUCCCCGAGCAUGGAGCAGCUUUCGGUACCUCGAGCCGUGGUUAUCCCAAUGUGCCGUAUGACGGCAGCGAUCGUAGUCAGAACUCGAGUGCGGGCGCUACCAGAGGAUUCCCGCCGACUUUGAGUGGAUUAACAACACUUUCUGGUCUUGGUGGUGGCGGGUGGCCUACAAGCAGCAAUGCUCUGGGAACCCCGGACCGUGAAAACCGACCUGGGUUUCCUUCGAGUGCUUUUGGUUCAUCCUUAUUCGGUGGCAUGGGCGGUGAUCUUCAAUCUCCUGGAUUCGGAAGUCAUUCCGGCAUGUUUGGAGCAAGCUCCAAUGCUAAUGUAACUGGAGCCGGUCGUGGAAUUCGCUCUCUAUUCCCUGCAGCUAUGCAAGCACAGAUGCAGGGUGGAGAGCCUGAAGAACGUGAGGAUAGUCAGGACAUGAGAUCAAGCAAUGCUUUUGGGACCAUUGGCAGAAACGCGUUCCCUCCUCGAGAUACCGACAGCCCCAUGCGAACUGGUAGACUUGCUUUUGAUGACUUUUCGCAAUCCACCCUCUCUGAUAGCGCUCAGGGUCAACCUGCUACCGGAUUUCCUCAGGCCUCCUCUGCCCAAUCGAACCAUCAACCAUCACAAGCAUCGUCCGACUCAGCUUCUGGCACUCUGCCAGCGGCGCAGAUGCGUAUGAUGGUAAUGCCAGACCGAAUGCGUUGGGUGUAUCUUGAUCCUCAAGGUACAACCCAGGGUCCAUGGUCUGGCCUUGAGAUGCACGACUGGUACAAGGCUUCCUUCUUCACCGCGGACUUGAUGGUUAAGAAGGUUGAGGACGAGAAGUUCGAGCCUCUUGGAUCAAUGAUACGACGAAUCGGCAAUUCACGUGAGCCUUUCUUGGUGCCCCAAAUUGGCAUUCCUCAUGGUCCUCCCACGACAACAGCUGGAGCACCAUUUGUGCCUGCCACUGCUGGACCGGGUAAUAGCAGUGCUCAACCUGGUGCUGUGCAACCACCAUUUGCAAACUCUUUCCCAAGCUUUGGCACUACCUUGACAGCUGAGCAACAGAACAACCUUGAGCGUCGCAAGCAAGAAGAGCAAUUCUUGAUGGCUCGUCAACGUGAAUUCUUAGCUCAGCAACAGGUAAAUAUGAAGCAGAUGCAAAUGAGCGGCUUACCCUCGACUCUGCAUCAUCAUUCUAGUGCGCACAGCCUACAAAGUCAACCCAGCUUCGGCAGUAUGACUUCGCCUAUUGGAAUGCCGCAACAACCCCCAUUGCCAGGUGUUGCAGGCUUUUUCGAUGGUCCUCCUAGACCAAUGCCUGCCCAAGGUGCAACAGGAAUUACUCCGGACUUCUUCCGUGAAGAUGAGCUUGCGCGCUUGAGUAUUCAAGAGCGUCAGCAGCUUUUCGGGCCUGGUGCACAGGGCCCGCAGCACUCUGUUCAUGCUCAGCAAAUUGCUUCCAUCUUUGGUCAACCUCAACGUCAAGCUACUCAAAAUGAGCCUAUGGACUUCAAAGCUCGUCUCCAGGAGUUUGAACAUCUUAGAGCACAGCAUGAAGCGGAGGAAGCCGGUGGACUACCACCAACCUCUGCACCUAUGAUGAGUGAGCCCAUUGGACCCCCCGCUCAAUCCCAGCAAUCACACAGCCAACAUAUGUUUGAGGAGCCUUCUGAGCUGGAACAUGAAGAGGAGCAUCAUGAUCAGGAACAGGAGGUUUUGUCUCUAACCCAACGAGUACAGAAGGCAGCUUCCGCAAAGGAAUCACCUGCGACUGUAGCACAACCCGAAUCCCCAUGGGCAAAAGUUAAUACUGGUCUGCCAAUGCCAUUUCCCCCGCCACCUCAGUCGACUACACCCCUUCCUGCACCAACCGCUCAAAGAAGUCGAUCAAACCUUCCGGAAGCCUUGAAUGUGGAGAUCAGAUCGCGCUCUGAAACUCCUGAAGCUGCCAAUGCCACUCCUUCGCUCGCUCCUUGGGCCAAGGAACCCGUUGAAGCUCCUAGAGGACCUUCCUUGAAGGAAAUUCAAGAAGCUGAAGCAAAGAAGGCUGCAAAACUUGAAACGAUCGCUGCGGCUGCUCGUCGAGCUAAUUACGAGCAAGAGUUGAAGAUGCUUGCUAGUCAGCCAGUCGCUCCUGCUCCUGGGUUGCCAACAACCUCAACUUGGGGUAACAGUGUUUCACCAGCCACUCCUACAAACGCUCCAUCCGCGUGGGCCAAGCCGGCUGCUACCAAAGUUGUCGCUGCCAGCAAUGUUGCUUCGUCCAAGAAGACACUUGCAGACAUUCAACGUGAAGAAGAACUCCGCAAACAGAAGCUCGCUGCUGCCGCCGCGGCCGCCCAACCGACUCCGGGAGUUUCUGGUGGUAAACGUUAUGCUGAUCUCGCAAGUAAGGCGACAAUAAGCGCACUUCCUCCUGGUGGCUCUGCCUGGUCAACUGUGGGACCCAGUGGCAAAGCCAGAGUUCCUACCGGACCAGCAGCUGCCGCCCCUCCCACUGCUCGUGCUGUAAGCAGUGCCACCGUUGCAACGAUAUCAGCUCCUCGAGCUGCAAGACCAGCACCGGCCACGCGCAGUGCCACAACCUCGGGUCAAAGCAAUGUCAGUGCGGCGAAGGAAGAAUUCAUUAGAUGGACCAAGGCUGCGUUGGCGAACAGACUCAACUCCGGCAUCAACGUCGAUGUAUUUGUUGAAGGUCUUACUAGCAUUGGAAACGAUCCCGAACUCAUCGCCGAUAGCAUUUAUGGCUCUACACAGCUUAUGAACGGCAACGAUUUUGCUGCCGAGUUUCUUCGUCGUCGCAAUCAAGCUGAAAAGGGCAUCGUUGAGGCAUCUGUCAGUGGUUACGGAAGCGCUUCUGGUGCAGGUGAUAAGUCUGGAGGAUGGAGUGAGGUCGCUAAGAAAGGUCCACCGAAGGAAGAACCAACUGCAGGCUUCAAAGUUGUUCCCAACAAAAAGAAGGGCAAGAAGUGAAGUGUACAAAAAUAACUGUAUGAUUAUAUGUGCCCAACGUCAUAUUACGGAUGUCAUGGAUAACACAGAGCGGUCUUGCAUUCUGAGGAUGGGGUGCAUAUCAGCGAGCUUCAUUGCAUGGUUGUGUGGUGCAUUCUUGUUUGCACGUGUAUUCUGUGUAGCGGUAGUAAAC